CGAGAAAAGGAAAAGAGCGAGAAACGAAGGAAAAAAAAAGGCUAUCCAGGUUGACACACAUACAUUCGACAACCGGCACACACGCGGCAACACCAUCACACGUCCUGACUCGCUUCAUCGCUCAAAUCCAUCGGGCUCCCCGUUGCACCGAAACCGUUCGUUCACGCCGCCGCUUCUGCAAAGAGGGUCAUUCCCCAACAGCAGCUUCACCGCACCGCACCACCACCAAACCCCCCGUCCGACCGAUGAUUACGCAAUAACUCUUCCGUGCCCACCCCGCCUGACUGCUGCCGCCGCCGCCGCCGGCCACAACUCAGUCGUCGUCUCCCACCCCGUAUCCACAAUGGCUUCCGUCGGCUCUCCGCCCGCCCCCGAACUCCUAAUGGCAGUUCGUAACGAGCACAACAAGCCCUCCGUCUUCCGGUCCCUCCUCGUCAUCCGCCUCCUCAACGCCUGGUGGGUCCUCACCUUUUUCCAGCCCGACGAGUACUUUCAGGCCCUCGAACCCGCCUGGCGCAUGGCUUUUGGUGAAGGGAGCGGCGCCUGGAUCACUUGGGAAUGGAGAAACCAGCUCCGCUCCUCGGUGCAUCCCGCCCUCUUCGCCGGCGUCUACACCCUCGCAGACCUCGUAGCCCGCCCCCUCCCCAUCAUCAGGCCAUGGCUCCUCCUCGCCGCGCCAAAGGCCGCACAGGCCGUCUUUGCCGCGGCCGGCGACUGGUACACCUGGCAGCUGGCCGUCAAGAUCUACGGCGCCGAUAGCUCCGUCUCAUGGUUUGCUCUAUUCAUGAGCAUGUUCAGCCCUUUCCAAUGGUACUGCUCCACCAGAACUUUUUCCAACUCGCUGGAGACCACCCUCACCAUCAUGGCCCUCAACUACUGGCCCUGGGAACUCCUCGGUGAUGCAAAGACCGAAAAGGAGAACCCCAAGCCCGCGGUGUCCAUCUUAAACACGCACGGGACUCUCUCGAGCCUCCGCAUAUCCCUCAUCCUCGCCGCAACAGCAGUCCUCCUCCGCCCAACAAACAUCCUCAUCUGGACAACAGUCGCCCUCGCAACCCUCCUCCGGCCCCUCCUCUCCCGCUCGGGCUCCACCUCCGCCUCCGUCCUCACCCCGCAAACCAUCCUCCUCCUCCUCCGCGAAGCCCUCCUCUGCGGCACCCUCGUCCUCACCCUCUCCCUGACCUCAGACCGCCUCUACUUCAAUCAAUGGGCCUUCCCCCCCUACAAAUUCCUCUACUUCAACCUCUCCCAGUCCCUCGCCGUCCUCUACGGCCGCAACGACUGGCACUACUACCUCUCCCAAGGCCUGCCCCUCCUCUCAAUAACCUACCUCCCCUUCGUCCUCUACUCCCUCUACAGCCCCACACCAACAACCCAACACUCCAAAAUCAGCACAGCAACCCUCAAAACCCUGUCGUGGACAGCCUACAUCACAAUCGCAGCCCUCUCCUGCGUCUCCCACAAAGAAGUCCGCUUCAUCUACCCCCUCCUCCCAACCCUACACAUCCUCGCCGCCUCCCCGCUAUCAACCUUCUUCACAGUCCCGGCCCCACCAUCCUCCGCAAAAUCCCCGCUCCCGAAGCCCCGCCUACGGCACAAACGCCUCCUCACCUCCGCCCUCGCCAUCCACGCCGCGCUCGCCUUCUUCCUCACCCUCCUCCACCAACCCGCGCCCCUGACGGUCCUAACCUUCCUCCGGACCUCGUACGCCCGUAUCCACCCGGAGCAGGCAGCCACAUCGGCCCCGAUAGCAUCCCUGGCCUUGGCCUCGUUGUCCUCUGCCUCUUCCUCUUCCUCCUCGUCCUCCGCUUCAUCAGGACCAGGAUCAUCAUCAGCAUCAAAACUACCAUCAAACGAAGAAACCGGCCACGAACUCUUCGCCCUCUUCCUAACACCCUGCCACUCCACCCCCUGGCGCUCCCACCUCCUCCACCCAUCCCUCCGCGCCCGCGCCCUAACCUGCGAACCGCCCCUCCACACGCAACCAAACACCCCCGAACGCGAAGCCUACCGCGACGAAGCGGACCGCUUCUACGACGAUCCCCAGCUCUUCAUGGCGACCGAGUUGUGGCCCGCGGCAGCCGAGUCCGGGUCCGGGGCUGCUGAAUCCGGGAUCGAGUCAACAACACCACCACCACCAUCAGCAGAAGCAGAAGACAUCCCCCGCUACAUCAUCGGCUUCGAAGGCAUCGAACCCUGGCUCCACACCUUCUUCACCCACCCCGCCGGCGCAGGCCACCAUCUCGGCGUGAGCCCAAAACGCGUCUGGCAAGGCUGGAACGGCUUUUUCAACGAGGACGCCCGUCGGCGCGGGAAGCUUGUUGUUUGGGAUACGGGGCUGUAUACUACAGUGUCCUAAAAAAAAGUUCUCAAUGUCAGUCGUGUAGACAGUAAAAAGAGUAAAAGAGAAGAAAUACGAAUGGACCAAAAAAAUUAAAAAUUUGGAAAAUGGUCAGAAACCCGUAUCUUGUAAGAAAAGAGAAAAGAGAAAAUCAGACCUAGAAACCAUCAAUAUAUUCCCCCAGUGGAAUACAACCUUUGUUAAAUCUGCCAUUGAAAUGUCUGUGGGACCCAAUGAUGACAUUGCCUCUCUACAUCACCUUGUCGCAAAAGUCAGGCGUCAUCGCGAACUUCCAAACAUGAAAAUUAUUCUUUUUUCC